AUGGAUAAUACACCUGAUCCCGGCCAAGCAGCAGUGCUGGAUCUGUCGCAACACCCCACUGCUCAGAAAUUUGUAGAACGCUGCUGCGCCUUCUUUGAGGAGGUCGAGGACUUGACGCCCGGGAAGGAUCUCGAGUCCAGACUUAAUAAGGAAUACGGGCCCGGAAAUCCUUAUUAUGAGGACUUCUGUCGUUAUAUCAAGCAAGGACUGGACGAAGGGUGGGUAGCUGAGACGGAGCUUAAGGGGCGCAUGUACCGACGGGGUAAGAUUGCGCUGCCGAGCGCGAGGACCCGUUUCUUCAGCAUCACGACCGUCUAUAUGGAGAGCAACGACGAAUUCGCCGGCCAGUAUCAUCAGCAUCCCUACGGAGAAAUCAACUGCGUCGUCCAGCUUGACAAGACGGCCGAGCUACAGGGCAUGAGCGGUUGGCAAGGCGCUGGGUGGACGUCUCCGGGCCCGGGAACUCACCAUUAUCCCCGCGUGCGUGGUGGAGCCCUGGUGGCAUUGUUUUUCCUGCCGGCCGGGCGCAUCUCUUACAAGGCUACGCCGGACAUGCCGCAGCCGAUUGCAAUCUGA